UUGGCGCACACGCUUCGGUUUGUCCAUGUGCUGAUACUCUACCCUUAGCCACGACAUUUAUGUGAAAUAAUUUCUCCAGUUUGAAUUUGAAAAAUGUUCAUUACGGAGGGAGCGUUUGCUCUGAUACGCAAAGAACAUUGCUACAAACUUGUCAAAAUCUCCUCAGAAAAGAAAGAGACAUUCGAUGGAAAAGUGUUCUCUCUAAGAAAUGCGAUCGGUGUUCCGUUCGGCUCCACAUUUUUGGUUUCUGGAGAUCAAGUUCAUCCAAUUAAAUAUAAAUCUCUAGUUGAUAUAGAAAAUCCAAUACAUAGUGAAGAAAAGUAUAACGAUCUUGGAUUAAAGGAUAACAGAAAUAUUAAAGGUUCUCAAGCCAAUCAAAAACUAAGUGGUCCAUGUAUCGAACAGUUGCGUCUUAAUGGGGUUUCUGGACAGGAUAUAUUAGACCAGUUAAUAGAAGGUAGCACAACUUUUGAACAAAGAACACAAUUCUCUCAACAAAAGUACCUGAAGAAAAAGAAAAAUCGGCACUUAGGCCUAUUCUCAAUCGAAAAACCUCAAGCACGUAUAUUCUUUGAAACGUACAGUAAUCUCCGUCCUGAAAAGUGUCUUGGGCUGCGUUUCGAGACAGUAUGUCGUAUCCUGUCUUAUGCUAAUAUUCAUGCAGGGUCAACUGUUCUCCUUUGUGAAACUUGUUCUGGACUCAUCACAACUGCUGUACUCGAACGUAUUGGUAUAGAUCAACCAAAAGGAUCUGUGAUUCAAUUUUAUCAUGGUUCAUCGGUCCCAAAAUCAGAAAUUAGUUCUGCAUAUGCAGAUCUGUACAGUAAUAAAGUACAUCCUGUUCGUUUAUUAGAUGUAAUACCAAUUCUGUUAUACAAGGCUACUUUAGAUAACAACCACAAUACUGAGCCCAAUCAUUUAAAUACUAACGAUUUCGAAUUUCCGGCUAAAAUUCGUAAAAUUGAUGAAGAUAUCUCUUCCGAGGAAACAGUUCAAACUGAAAUAGAUCAAGACAUAUCAAAACAGUCCAAAAGCAAUGAACAGUAUAUUUCAUCAUUCAAUCAAAUUUUCGGAAACGAUCGUCCUUCACCUGAUUCACUAGUCAUAGUUAGUCGAUUUCAUCCAGUCGACUUAACUUUAAUAUUACUUCAAUUUCUACCUAUUGGACGACCAUUUGUAGUUUAUACACAAUAUAUACAGCCCCUCGUUGAACUGUACAAUAUUUUAAAACGACGUGGUGGAAUAACACAUCUUCGUUUAACCGACAGCUGGUUUCGUUAUAUCCAAGUAUUGCCAGAAAGAACGCAUCCAGAGAUUAAUAUGUCAUGUUCAAAUGGUUACCUUUUAACUGGUUAUACAGUUGAACCUGUAUUAAGUACAACCGAAUUAUUAAAAUCUGGACUUUUAUCAUCUUGUGGUUGAUUUAAUGCCUAAAAUACUUUUGUCCUUUUGUUCGAAAUUUAUGGGUGAUGUAUGUAUAUAUAUAUAUAUCUUCCUUGCAUAUUUUUGUAAUUAAAAUGGUCAAUUUUCGAAUCAAAUAUUUUUGGAUUUCUUUUAAC